GUGCUCCAGUCCAGCCAGAGCUAUCCAGCUAGCUCUCCUACCCCCUCUUCCACCUGCAUCUGCAGUUGCUCUGUUACCGCAAAGAACGCAAAUUUUAUUGUGUUCCGCGUUACUGAGUUUAAAUUUUAUGCCGAUCGACAACUUGUUUCGUCUGGCAGCCUCCGCAUACCCCCCCCCCCCUUCCCCUUACCCGUUUUCUUCCUCAUCCCUCCGCUUCCCCAGCCGAGACUCAGCUGAAACUGAUUCAAGUUCAACAUAUUGUUUCGAAUGUAGUGGUGUAGAAGGCUGUCAAGACUGACAAUCCUUCAAGCAUAGCCGGACAGCAUAAAGUUUAAGCGCAGAGUGUACGAAACUUCUGCAGCAGCAACAGGUCCGCCUUCGCCGUCAUGGAGUGCUACAUCUGCGACAUAUGCAUCGAGCAGUUUGACGUCGGCGAGCGGCUGCCCAAAGUGUUGGCGUGCGGGCACACGCUGUGCCUCACGUGCGUGCGGCGGCUGCCCGACAGGAGGUGCCCGACGUGCCGCAGGGAGUUCGACAGCCCGCCGGAGGCGCUUCCCAACACCUUCGCCCUGCUCCCGUUCCUGCAAGGGCCGAGGCUGGACAGGGCUCCCGCUGCCCGACCCCGCUGCUGGUGCUCGGAUUGUCGUGCCGCAGACUCGCCGCAGUGCUGGGACGCCGGGCACGAAGUUCAGCCCGCCGAGAGAGCUCUCAGGCGCCGCCUGCAGGGGGUGGGCGCGCAGGUGGUCGGCCUGCUCGAGGCCCUCCGGGCCCAGUGCCAGGACGAGCAGGCGGUGCAGGCCCUCACCCUCCUCGACGCCGAGUCCUGGGACCUGACUUUGCGGAGUGAAGAGCGACUGCUGCGGGGGUCAGUGGGGAACACCGGAAACCCCCUGAUCAAGGCGCUGUGGCUGGUGCUGGCGUGCAAAGCAGAACUCACAGAGGAAACAAACUUGGGCGCAAUCCCACCAGCACUACAGGAAGCAUCAGGGCCUUCGCCAUCCCAUCGAGCUCCCCGAGCACCUCAAGCACCUCAAGCAAGCUCCACACCCAUGAGUCGUCCACAACUUCCACCGGCGGAGGCCUAUCAACCGCGUCAAACUGAACCAUCGACGUCUCGUCAACAUCCCCGGGAGUUAGACGUGACCGAUUGCGGCGACGUAAACGUAGCCGAGAUCUUAGCCCAGGCGUCUGGGGUGCGCCGGCUGGUGGGCGUGUGGUGCCCCAGACGUCCCUGGACGCUGGACCUGCUCAUGUCCGCCGCGCCGACGGUGGAGCAGCUGAGCCUCAUCAACCCCCGCGAGGCGCACCUGCGCGCGGCUCACCACGCCAUGCCGCGGCUAAAGAGCCUGUACGUGUCCUGCACCGACGCCGGCCUGGGCAGGUGCCUCGAGCUGCCCGCGCUGCCAGCGGGCCGCGGAGGAGGCCUCCAGUGGCUCGGCGCGGACCGCCUCCCCCGCGCCACGCUGGAGUGUGUGCUGCUCGCGCACGGGCGCACGCUGGUGGAGCUGGAGCUGUUUGUGGGGAUGGCAGGGCGGAUGGAGUGGCCGGCGAGCUGCGGCGACCUGCACGCCCUGCUGGGGCGGUGCGGCCUGCGCGCGCUGCGGCGCCUCGUGCUGGGCAGGGACGCGUGGUGGAGCCACGAGCCGGCCGACUGCCUGCAGCAGCUCCGCGCGGUGCGCUGGGUGCUGCCCCCCCAGGCCGCGGUGCUGUGCAGCCUGUGUGACCGGGUGCGUGUGGGGUUGGCGGACUUCUAGGGGCGGGGAGACCUGCACGCGGCACGCACGGCAAAGGCUUGCACCCGUCGCGCCACCCUCGCCUGUGCCUGUGUCAGAUAUUCUGAAGACUAGUAAGUGUAUCUGUGAUACUCCACCAUUUUUAGCGCAAUGCUUUUGUCAACAGUCAAUCUUUUAGUCAUUUUUGUCCUCAUUUUUAUUUAUGUUUUUUUAUCAAAUGUUUAUGGCUGUCAAACUUUACGCUCAACUUGUUAAACUUAUUAUUUUCCAUUAAAAAAUAUAUUUUUAUAUUUA